CUUGCGUGUGUGUGUCUUGUAAAAGUUUCAGGGAGGCCCCACGAAGCAGAGGGAGGGAGCUGUUACAUCAUCUGCUCAUCUGAUUAACUGGCCUCUCUCUUUCCUCCUCCUUCAAACCAUCAGCUGUCCAGGCGUUCGUCCUCAGUGCAGGUCAACAGUGUCAGAACAGCUCUUGAUCCAAAAUGGCUGCCUUCCUCCAUCACUGCCCCUUCCUGAAGUCGGUCCCUCAGCCGGCUCUGAGAAGAACCGGAGCUGCCCUCAUGUCCAUGGCCGACCAGUGCCCCAUCAUCACGCGCCAGAUCAGCGUGAGCUCGCUGGCCACGCUUGAGAAGCAGCCCGCAGAGUCUAAACCAACCCAGCGCGGAGUCCUGGGUCUGAACCAAAAGAGGACCGUGGCUCAAACUGCGACUGACGUGGCGGUCUCUGUGUCUAAAGGGUGUCCGUUUGUGAGCUCUCAGAUCGGUUUGGUCCGAGCCAGUCCCGAGGUGCAGGAGGAUGUGCAGGAAGGGAGGAUGAAGUCUCUCCUGAAAAGUCUUAAGGAAACAGUUUUACCUUCUGCAGCUCAGAACAAUCCCAUCACGCAGCUUCUGAAAGACAAUAUGGUUGGUCCGUGUUACGACUACGAUCGAUUCUUUGUGGAGAAAAUCAACGAGAAGAAGCAGGACCACACGUACAGAGUGUUUAAGACCGUGAAUCGUAGUGCCCACUCUUUCCCCUUCGCCCAGGACUUCUCUGUGGCCGGGCGCGAGGGGGCAGAGGUUUCCGUCUGGUGCAGCAACGACUACCUGGGCAUGAGUCGCCAUCCACGGGUCAUCAAGGCCAUCAGUUCUGCUCUGGACAGACACGGUGCAGGAGCCGGUGGCACCAGGAACAUCUCAGGAACCUCUAACUACCACGUGGCGCUGGAGAAAGAACUGGCACAGCUUCACCAGAAGAGCGGCGCUCUCGUGUUCAGCUCCUGCUUCGUGGCCAAUGACUCCACUCUCUUCACUUUGGCCAAGAUGUUGCCAGGCUGCGAGAUCUACUCUGACGCGGGGAACCAUGCCUCCAUGAUCCAGGGCAUCCGGAACAGUGGAGCCAAGAGGUUUAUUUUCAGACACAAUGACAGCAAACACCUGGAGGAGCUGCUGCAGAAGUCUGACCCGACCACGCCCAAGAUCGUGGCCUUUGAGACUGUGCACUCCAUGGACGGUGCGAUCUGCCCCCUGGAGGAGAUGUGUGACGUGGCGCACAAAUUUGGAGCUCUGACGUUUGUGGACGAGGUUCACGCCGUGGGUUUGUACGGAGCCCACGGAGCUGGAGUCGGAGAGAGGGACAACAUCAUGCACAAGAUCGACAUCGUGUCUGGAACUCUGGGUAAGGCCUUUGGUUGUGUGGGAGGUUACAUUGCCAGCAGCGCCGCCCUGGUGGACACAGUUCGAUCCUACGCUGCGGGCUUUAUCUUCACUACUGCACUUCCCCCCAUGGUCCUGGCGGGGGCGCUGGAGUCCGUGCGGGUCCUGAAGAGCGCGGAGGGUCAGGCUUUACGCAGAGCUCACCAGAGAAACGUCAAACACAUGAGACAGCUGCUGAUGGACCGCGGGCUGCCUGUGGUCAACUGCCCCAGCCACAUCAUCCCCAUCAGGGUUGGAAAUGCCGAGCUGAACACCAAAGUGUGUGACACUCUCCUGGAGAAAUACAACAUCUAUGUCCAGGCCAUAAACUACCCCACUGUCCCCCGAGGAGAGGAGCUGCUGAGGCUGGCCCCGUCCCCACACCACCAGCCGGACAUGAUGGAGUACUUUGUUGAUAAACUUGUGGAGGUGUGGCAGGAGGCUGGUCUGGUUCUGAACAACCCAAACCUGGCGUCGUGCAACUUCUGUAACCGCCCGCUCCAUUUCGACCUCAUGAGCGAAUGGGAAAAGUCUUAUUUUGGAAACAUGGAGCCUCAGUACAUCACUGUGUUAGCCUAGGAUACUAAAUCACACAGUAUAUUUCCUAAAGAUAUACUUAUAAUUCUGCUGUAUCAUUACAUGUGGACAUUAUUCUGAUUUAUAAAUAGUUUGUUAAUGUUUUAUUUAUUAUAAUUAAUCAGUAUAAAGUAAAAGGUGCCCUUCAGUGGUAAAGACAAAUCCUGCACUAGGCACUUUCUCUCCAUUUAAGAGUGAAGAAAUAAAAGGCUUUUAAAAGAGUUGUAAAUUGGUGCUGUGGGCUAUUAAAUAAAGCUUAAAUAAAUAAACGAUUACUCAAAAGUG